UCGGUGCCUCGAUUCACAGUGACCAAUCAAUCAUUGAUGUAAACAUUACAAAUUUAUUUCAGGACCCAUCACUGAAUCUCGGAAUUAAGAUCAAUUUGGACAAUUUUAGCAAACAUGUCCUUUCUGCAUGACCUGAUCGAUUUGGAUGAUUGGAAUCUAUGGAUGACAAUUGUUUGCAUGGCAUUGAGCCCAACUUGGUGGUUCGUUUCUGCGAGGUUUGAAUAUCAUACAAGAUACAUUACUAAGCUCUUUGGAAACAAAUACACAGCAUGUUACGUAACUGGAGUCAUUACCCUGGCUUUAGAUUGCAUACGAGACUGGAGGUAUCACAUACUAAUGGCAGAGCAGCCAAAAUGGGCAGUAUUACAGAAUGACACGGUCGAAGCAAUAGGAAAUGGCUUGACAAUUUUUGGUCUCGUAAUGGUACUUUCAACAUGGUAUCAAAUGGGUUACACUGGUAUACUUUAUGGUGAUUAUUUUGAUAUUUUGAAGAAUGAGAGAGUAACAGGCUUCCCAUACAAUGUCUUCAACGAUCCACAGUAUCUUGCGUUCAACAUUGUAACAUUUGGAACGUCAGUGAGCCAUGGAAGUUUCAUUGGUCUACUACUGAGUAUAUACCAUGUCUUUCUCAUGAAGACAAUUGCUUGGCUUGAAGAUCCCUUUACAAGCAUGAUAUAUGAAAAGAGAGCAAAACAAGAAUCGCUGAAAUCAGAUGCAAAUGGACAUUCGAAUGGAGUAGGAAGUAAAUCAUCAAGUGUACACAAAAGCAAAUCAAAAAGAAAUGCUCACUCGAAUGGCACAAAUGGUGUAUCAAAUGGCGCUAUUAAGAACAGGAAGGGCUGAACAUUUAAGGAAGAUAUUGUUGUGAAGUAACGAUGUUUGAGGGACAAUACAUUCCAGAUGUAAUAUCAUUAAAAAUGUUAAAUUACACAAUCAGUUAAAUGUGGGUGUAUAUAAAAUGAGUGAUGUAAUAGGUCACCUUGUAUUUGAUGAAAUAGUCGAUUUAUCACAUCUGUAUGAUUUUUUCAUUUUAAUGACCCAAUCACUUCAACUGAUGCCAGGAAGCUAAAAUAUGUAUCGCUUUAUAUAUGUAUAUUUUAAUGACAUAUUGCUAUUGUUUGGUCAAUUUGGUUACGCUGAACGUGUUACAAUAGAGAGGUUUCGCACAACGGGUUA